CAAAAGCUAUUGAAGUUUUAUUGUUUGUUUUAUUUGAGUUUAAGAAAAACACUUUUUAUAACUCUUUGUUCAAACAAUUCAAUAUCUUUGUGUAACAGUUCCUUCCCAAGUUGAUCGUUAUACUAUAAACAAGUAUAUGGAUUUCAUAAUGUUGAUACAAUGGGUUGCUCUUCUUGCCGUUUGCAUCUAUGUGAGAGUUAUUUCAGGUAGCCCGUAUUACGUUUCGGAACAGAAAACAAAUUGGGGAUAUAGUAAUUGCACCUUAGCUAUUCCAAAUCUGAAUUACACUCAGUCUGGUAUAUUUGCCGAAACAGAGCAUGAAACGAAUUUGACAAUGCCGGAAGAGGGUUUAUGGAUUGGUUUGUUUCAAGCGCAGCUCAGUUUUGCAUACGUCGGUUGCAAUGAGAUGAAUAGUAACGGUGCUGUUAUCGUUCAUAAUAUAAGUGAGUGCAGAUGGAAGAGUGGCUGCAAUACGUUUGCAAUUAGAAAAGCAGACAAUAAGGAAAUUGAUUGCAAGUGUUUUGAUAAUGCUGUUGUUGCCAAGGAAACGAAAUGCACCUCAAUCUGUAGCAUAACGUUAACAGAAGGAUACAAAUGCGGUCGACAGGGCCACAGAUAUUUUUCUGUUUACACAGUUGAAAAUGAUACCAUAUGUUCUGAUAACUGUUACAAAGAUGCUUGGAAAUGCCUUAGAUGUAUGCCCUUCAUUUGGAUGAAGUGUUCUUAUCGGCAGUCACGGAAAAUAGGCAUAAUCUGCAGUACCAACCCAUUCACAGAUAUCAACGGAACAGUUCAAGCCAUUUCGGAAACAGCGAGUAAUUAUUCAGAGGCAGGAGAAAAAUGUUUCGCUGCAGGGAUGUUCCCAGCCACUUAUGGCCACAUUAAUUCUUCAGUCAUAACAAUAAACACAUCAUACUGGACAGGCAUUUUCAGAAUGAACUCAUUACUUCGAGUUAACGAAACCUUUUCCACUUACAAACCCAAACAGCACGCGUAUGUCACACAGGAUGGAACGAGGCUUGAAGUUCAGUUUGACGACAAAGGCACUUUAAGACGAAAGAGUCUUUGUGAGACACCGAAUUUUGCGGGAAAAGCAACAACUGCAACAGAAGGCCGUUCCACAUCCACAUCGAACAUUUUAGAAACAACUGAGGAUACCAGGUCAAAAAUACAAGUUGAUCAACGAGUCCCUAUUGCGGAGAUUUCUGCUAGCGUUUCAGCUGUUGUCGUUCUGGGGAUAUUAAUCGUCAGUUUCGUUAUACUGAGUAAAAGGGGAAGGCUACGUUGUUUAAGUGAGAGAAAAACAACUAUGACAAACAAAGAAUCACCAAUGCAGUACAUAGAUACGAAGUACACUGAGCCAGAAACACGUGACAUCCCGAAGGCUUAUCCAAAUCAAGGAUAUUCCAUGACUGAAGAAUUGCCCAUUUCAACUAAAAACAAUACUCCAGGAAAACCACAAAUGAAGGACUACAGCGUCGAUGUUAACAAGGUGGCUAAUACUGAAAACAAUCCACACGAUAUUCAUCAUAUUGCUCAUAUACACAACAGUCUCAGCCAGGAACCGGAAGAAUAUGACCAUCUUAACCACUCAGGAACCUCAGACGACAUAACUUCUCAUCUAAUUAACGACUAUGAUUGCACGACCGCCGCAAUAGGUGAAAACCAGGACGACACAUAUAACCAUUUAAAUGAACGUCCUCAGCAGAACCAGAUUACGGAGAAUUUAUACGGAGUACAGAACGAAAAUGAAACUUCAGACAUAUACAACCAUUUGAAUGAACGUCCUAAACAGAGACAGAGUACGGAGAAUGUAUACGGAGUACAAAACAAAAGCGAAACUGACGAGGUAUAUAACCAACUGAAUGAACGACCUGAACGGAAAAACCUGAUGCAAAACAUCUUUGGACUACAAGAUAAAAAAAACAUCGAAAAUGAAUAUGAUAUUACAGUUUAAACACCAAACACCAACAAAUAUACAUAUAUAAAUAUAAAGUAUAGACGUAAUAUAUAUCUACUACUUUGUAUAAGCAGCUCUAUAGUGCAUAAUUGUGUAACAUUCUUGAAUGUUAACCACGAUAAACACACCUAGUUUUUAUAAAGUAUUUAUGCACUGUGUUAUUUGUGGACUUUUGUGCUGUUGUUCCAUGUUUCUUGUUUGUUUGUUUUUUUGUUGUUGUUUUUGUUUUUAUGUUCUUUGGCGUUUACCCUUUGCCAUUAAACAGGGUUUAUGUUUUGACUUUUUGCUACUGGGCUUAAAGAAAUAUAACCAAUAUAUAUAGAGAGAGAGAACAACAGUGUGUAUUUCAU